AUGGCAUUCUUGGACUGUGACUUCCCAGAAGCAAGUAGAAAGGUGCGCUUGAAAGAUGGUUUUGCCCCAUUAGCUAGCUACCAGGUUGCUUCGGGGUCGAAGAAUCUUCAAGACCAUCCACCCACCUGUGUUGUCCGGCGACUUCGUCCGAGGCUGGUGCUGAAGCCGGGCACCUUGCGCGAGGCUCUGCAGGCCUUGGAGCUUUGUGCCAAGGCUGAGGUGGCAGUCUUGCCGCAAGGUGCGAACACUUCCUUAACUGGUGGAUCUGUUCCGCGAAAUGACUGCCCACGGAAUCAGGUCAUCAUUAACAUGAGGCGGGCCAAGAAGAUCAUGCCGGUGGUGGGUGACACUCCUAACUUGGCCUUGUGCUUUGCUGGCGCCGGGAUCUUCCAGCUGCAAACCGAGCUGCAGAAACGUCACCGAGACUCUCAUAGUGUGUUGGGCUCCAUGUUCUUGAACCCUUCUGUGGCCGCUGGAGUCUCCUAUGGCAGCGGCGGCACACAGAUCCGCAAGGGCCCGGCUUUCACCGACCGCGCGCUCUUUUGUCGUGUGAAAGCAGAUGGCGAGGUAGAGUUGGUGGACACGCUGGGCUUGAAAGUGAAAGGCGAAAAGGCCUUGGACUUUCUUGAUUCAGCAGAGAACCUUGGAUGCCGAUUGCCUGCUUCAUGGCCAAAGUAUCGAGAAGAGCUCACAAAGGUGGAAAACAAGGUGUCGCGCUUCAAUGCAGAUACCACUGGAGUGGACUGCAACCGUUCAGAAGGGAAGGCUGGAUGUUUGGGCUUCCUGCAAAGACAUCGGUCGCCUGGGCGGAAGAAAGUGGAUCGAGCUCCUGGGGAUGAUGAAGCUGGAGCCACUGUGGAACUUGAAGCUCUUUAUCGAAACUCGAAGAUCGAAGAGAUCUUUUGGUUCAGAUAUGUUCAGAGUUUCAUCAGAUGUCAUCAUGUCUUCGGAUUUUCAGCAGAUCUUUAUCAGGUCUUCAUUAGCUUUGUAGAAGUGGCUGAUGAAUUUGACACUUGGCACGAGGUGGCCGAGGUGACCCAGGAUCACCACAUGCUGAUGGAAUUUGCUGAGUACACAGAUGGAGAGGUGGACGAGUUGAUGUCUCGUCUGGAGAAGUUUCAAUCGAAACAUCCAGGAACUGUACGAUUCCAUGUCUGUGAUAAUGCCUUCAGUGCAUCACGUGCGAUGCUCUUCCGCUUUGCUGUAGCGCCGGCGUUCCGCACCUACUGCAUAGGCCUAGGUCUUCAAGGCUUGUCCAUCGACUAUGCGUUGCCGAAGACGUUCAAGGAAUAUCCGACUUUGCCAGAGGCACAGUAUCCUAUCCAACACCGCCUGGUGUACUCUCACUUUGGCUGCAAUGUUUAUCAUGAGGACUUUGUCUUUGACAACCAGACAAAUGUUCAUGAUGCGAAAAUGGCCAUCAAGAAGGCCGUAGAGGCGGUCGGCGGAAAGCUCCCAGCAGAGCAUGGCCAUGGCACCGAGUACAAGGCACCCAUGGAUACGCAACGACGAUGGAUGAAGGCCGGAUCCACGUGCGUGAGAGGGUAG